AUGGCCAGAAUGAAGUUUAUCACCGUAGAUAUCAUGAUGCUUCUUUCGCUUGGGUUAAUAUGUUCUAUUGGUUUGGUUGAUUGUCAGCUACCUAGCAAAGUAUGCUAUGAACCUUCCGGCGAGGGACUAAUUAUGAAAGUAAUCGCUGAUGCUCCUAUCUUAAAAGGUUGUACGGUCUACGUUGGAUCAAUUUUUUUUGCCAACUAUCGAAUGCAUACACAAGCACAUGUCAAUGCUUCAAUAUUCCCUGAUUUACGGGAGAUUACUGGAUCUCUAGUAAUGGGUUUAGUGGCUGGCAAAUAUCCAACCUCCCUUGGUUUUAUGUUUCCAAAUUUACGUGUAAUCCGUGGCAAUCAAUUCUUUUAUGGCUUUACCUUGCUUCUUUAUUUUGAUCAGCAAUUACUAGACAUGUCAUUACCUUCACUCACCAAAAUCGAACGCGGUAAAGUCAGAAUCCAGAACAAUAAGAUUAUGUGCUACUAUAAUACUAUUAAAUGGUCAAGUGUUAUGGGAUCAAGUUAUGCACCUGAUAGAAUCAUCACAAAAACUUUACCGACUAAUUGCCCAACUUGUCCAGCUAAAUGCAAUGGUUAUUGUUGGAAUGCACAGAAAUGCCAAAUCAGUAUGUUGAUUGAUUAA